UGUGAACUGAAAAACUUACAAAAUUCCAACGAGUAAAAGAACGCGCUGUAGGGAAAUCUUAUUUUCAUUUUUUUUUUUGUUCGAAUAAAUAAUAAUAAUAAUAAUAUAAGUUAAAUAUAUUACAUGAAGUAAUUAAAAAGUGCCUUAAAUUCUUUUCUCUUCAAAUAAUAUUUGAAUAAGAAUACAAUUAUUUAAUCCCAAUAUAUGCCUAUAUGAAACAAAAAAAAAUGUUCUCUGGUUGGAAACCUAGUUUUGUGUUUGACUUGCAUCUCUGUUCACUUUUGCCUUGGUUACUCUCGCUCGCUUGAAAAACGAAUUAAAUAUCUUGGAGAUGUUGGUCACUGCAGACGUUGUCGCUUAAGUUUCUUCUUGAAACAAAUAAAUAGCAAAAAAGCAUAAAAUAAACAAAGAAAUAAAAACAAUUAUAAAAGUAAUAUUUUGCUACCAUUAUUGGGUCUUUAUAUACCUGUAAAAAAAUGUAUUAUACAUAAAUAUAUGAAACUCCGAGUCAAAGUUAAAAUUAAUUUUAUUUGUUGAAUAUAAUUUUCUUAUAACUCUAUUUAGCCUUAGGAAACAGGCACACCAAACUGUGUUUCGUCGCCGUGUGAGUCGCCUAGCAUAAUAGUUAACGUAACCGAACCGCGCGUUGUACCUUUACCAUCAAUUUUGUCUAAGUCGAGCGAGUGCAGUGUCUUGUAUUUUCAAUCCAUAGAAACAUGAUAACAAGUGUGCUUCAACACAAUGAAAUCUCUGAUGAAUGUUUUGCAAAAAAAAAAAAAUAAUAAAAAACUAAAGGGAAAUCGCUUGGGAAAUGCCAUUUAUACAUAAAUUUCUCGAGUGAAAUCAGCUGCCGAUUUAUGGUCUUGUUUAUUUUUUAAAAGUUAAAAAAAGAAUUACAAAUCUGUGAAAAUAGCUUGUUUGUUUUUGUUUGAUUGUUUAAUGUAAACAUUAAAAAUAUAUUAUGUUCUGUAAGAAAUGGAAUACCUACCUAACAUAAUUGGGAUGUCAUAACAGAGCGAAGAGUUGUUUUUGAGUUUCGUUGAAGAAAUUUAUUUCAGGCUGUUUACUACAAUGUGCAUAAUAUUUUAUUUGCUAGCUACAAAGAGCCUCGAAAAUUUGAAUAAAACUCGAAAUGAACCAGAAACCUAAAUUAAAUUGCAUGUCAGAAGCCAAAUAUAUAUUUAUAAAUGCAUUUCAUUGCAAGGAAACGCUGAUGUAAUUUAAAAGCAUAUGAAGCAUACAAAAUCAAAAAUCAUUAUCCAAAGGAGCUAAACAAUUUUCUUAAAUUCAUUUUUUUUUAAAGAAAAUUUAAUUGCAUUUUCAGUCAUAAAUACAAUAACAAAAUAAGUAAUAUCUAAGUUAAAAAUGGCAAUUGAAAAUGAAACCAAAAACAAAGCACAAACAACAACAUCAGCACUUAUACUGGCAGAGAAUCAAAAUGUUGAUAUUAAUCCAUCUUCUUCAUCAAAUUCUGCAAACUCGUCUUCAUUUUCAUCGCCACCACCACCAUCAUCUUUAUCGAGUGCCGCAAUGAUGUCUUCCAAACAGCAGCCAUUGCCACCCCUCUUACCACCGCCCCAUUUGCAACCACCUCAUCCAGUUACAACUUCAUUAUCAUCUGUUACUUUGACUACUGCAAGUUGUUUGCCCGUUUGUUCAACAGGUGGCUCGGCAACACCGGACUACCAUCAUCAUUACCUUGGUUCGGAUCGUGGUGCUUCUAUUAACGAAAAUUGUAUCACCGACGGGAAAGGCAUUAAUAAUAAUAACAACUGCUUUGUCAGCAGUGGCAAUAACAACGGGACAAUGAUGAAUGCUGGAAUGUCUACUGGGUCUGCGAACUCUGCGACAUCAAAUAAGUCGGAGACAUCAUCCCUAGCUAGUGUGAAUGGUUCUAUAAAAAGGGCCACUUCCUCUAAUGCUUUGAUGAACUCUAGAGAGGAUGUAACGUCGAUUGGAGCCUCAUCUAUAAACAGCCAUCAAUCGACAAACAAUUCUUACCAGAAAGGAAGCAAAGAAAAUACAAUUCACAAUUAUUGUAAUGGAACAUCUCGCGACACAGGCGAGAAUGGAAAUGAUGGACUGGGCCCAUUGCCACCAAAAUGGGAAACUGCAUACACGGAACGCGGUGAACUUUAUUUUAUUGACCAUAAUACAGGCACAUCCCACUGGCUUGAUCCAAGGCUUUCAAAAUUUCAAAAAAAAUCUCUGGAAGAUUGCGGGGAUAAUGAAUUGCCCUAUGGUUGGGAAAAAAUUGACGAUGCCCUUUACGGUACAUACUAUAUUGACCACGUCAAUCGUCGUACGCAAUAUGAAAAUCCUGUUCUUGAAGCUAAAAGAAGAGCUGCUGAGCAGACAAACCAACAACAUCAACUACUCAAUGCUGGUGGUUCGGUACAACGAAACGAAAUCAAUUCUGUUUUGCCAUACAAGUUUACAAAGAACCCUCAAGAAAUGCAAGGAGAAAGGAUAACAACUACUCUCCUGAAAUCCUCCCGAGGUCUUGGCAUCACAAUUGUUGGAGGUGAUGAUAAUGUGGAUGAAUUUUUGCAAAUCAAAUCGAUUGUUCCCAAUGGCCCGGCAUGGUUAGAUGGACAAUUACAAACUGGUGACAUUCUCGUUUAUGUUAACGAUACUUGUGUUCUGGGGUUCACUCAUCAUGAAAUGGUCAACGUAUUUCAAAGCAUAUUGCCAGGUGAGACUGUUACACUAGAAGUGUGCAGAGGAUAUCCACUUCCGUUCGAUCCAAACGAUCCCAACACUGAAGUUGUGACAACUAUUGCUGUCGACGGAAUAAGCUCAAAUGCAGAAAAGAAUCGAAUGUUAAUGAACUUAAAUAUGGACGGCAACUAUAACUUUUUAGAUAUAUCUGACUGCACAGGGGCAUCCGGCGGUAAUAACUCGAUAGAAAAAUUACGUUCUGAAUUGUCGAGUGGAUCGAAUGAAAACUACGUAGGCGACGAUUUUAUUUUAAUGAAAAAACCAGAGAUUCUAACUUUGGCAAUUUCGAAAGGAGGAAUGGGUUUUGGUUUUACCAUCGCUGAUAGUGCCCAUGGUCAAAAAGUGAAAAAAAUUCUGGAUAGAAAUUGUUGUAAGAAUCUUCAUGAAGGAGAUAUUCUGCUUGAGAUAAAUAACUCACCAGUUAAUCAUAUGACUCAUUGUGAAGUCGUUCGUGUCUUAAAAGAUUGUCCAAAGACUGAGUCGACAACGGUUAAGAUUCAACGAGGUAACACUUUAAAUAGUUCGAAUGUGAGCGGCCGAACGUCUGUAAAUAGUGGAAAGUUUAGAAAAGUUGACGGAGUUGGCAAGUCCAUUUCGGAAGUUGGAAUGUUUCGGAGCAAAACACCUACUGCGGAUCUUUAUAGCACUCAGCCGAAGGAAAUUCUUCCGAUAAGACCAAAAACACCAUUGGUUGAUACAAGACGAGCCCGUGUAAAGACUCCUUCCCAUGAGCUAAAUGACGAAAUCGAAGCAGUUACAAAUGGCCUGGAAAAACAUAUCGAAGACAAUAAGUCUAUUAGUGCAGACGCUAAAUCGACCAAUAGUCUUCAAGAAAUUGAUUGCAUUAAUAACGACAUUCCAUUUAUGGAUCCGUAUCCAAAGUUGGUUACGAGCUUAAGUGAAAGAUUGGCUGAAGCAUCGUUGGUAAGCGAAAAUCAUAACAAUAUAUUUCACAUGGAUCCUAACACAAUGCUGCCGAAAAUGGAUGGUUAUGAAAAUACGCUCACUUCACCAGACUAUGGAUAUAACUCUAUGUACGAUGGUGUUCCUAUUCAAAGAGAGUCUUACGAUGGCAGCGCAUCUGUACAACAAAAUGGUGACGUAGGAGGUGGUUUGUAUUCACCUCCUAUGGCAAUAAUGGCUCCAGUACCGACUUAUCACCAGGAGACAUGUUAUUGCUAUGAAUGUCAAGAUUAUCAACGUUAUAAGUUUCAUCAACAUAAUCAAACAUCGGCAAACCAAGGAUUCUACCAUCAACAUCAGAAUUCUCAAAACGGUAGGAUUCAAAAAAGAGUUAAUGAGUUAAUGAACAAUAGACGAAAAACGGGCUUUAGCCCACUAGAGAGUCAUCGCCCUUUGAUGACGGAACAACAUCAACACCAACAACAACAACAAAACUUUUUGCAAUUGCAUCCACAAAUAUGGAAUUAUAUGGUUCCUGGGAAUACUACAUCAUCAAGAAAUAUAGAUGAUGAUGAAUGUGAAUUAUCUGAAGUGACUCUAGAGCGAAGAGCUCAAGGUUUUGGUUUCCGUAUAGUUGGUGGAACGGAAGAAGGUUCUCAAGUAACUGUUGGACAUGUAGUACCCGGGGGUGCAGCAGAUGGAGAUCCGGGAAUGGCAACUGGCGAUGAGAUUCUGAGUAUUGAUGGAGUGAAUGUGGUAAAGUCAUCUCAUCACAAAGUUGUUUCUUUAAUGGGUGAAGCCGCUCUCCGGGGACAAGUGACAAUGAUAUUACGACGUCGAGUGAGAAAUGCAUCAGCUCCGGUUCCGGUGCGUCCAAUUCGAUAUCCAUACGAUGUAAUUGUUAGUCGGCACGAAAGCGAAGGCUUUGGAUUUGUAAUAAUAUCAUCUUCAAAUCAAUAUUACGGAUCAGCAAUUGGAAAAUUAAUACCAGGUAGUCCUGCUGACCGUUGUGGAGAUCUAAAAGUUGGUGAUCGAAUUGUAGCUGUCAAUCGCAUCGAUAUAGCUGGUAUGAGCCACGGUGAUGUUGUUAAUCUCAUUAAAGAAUCUGGAUUGCACGUUCGACUUACGAUUGGAUCACCAAAAGAAGAUAAUCCAAUACUCAACCCAUCACAAUCUUCACCUGUGUUGCCUCAACUCAAGAGUGAUACACCAACAUAUUUUGACAGGUCACAUAUAAGUCAAUACCCUCAGUUAUGACUCUGAGAUUUGAGAAUUCGCCUGUAUAAAAGCUUUCAACUUGAAGGUUUUUAGUAAAUGCAACGCACUUAUGAUACAAUCAAUGAUUGUAACAUUUAGUGCGUUUGCAAUUAGUACUCCUAAAAUUUUGUAAAUACAUAAAAAAAACACGUAUUAAAACGACUCCGUUGUAAAAUUGUGUAAUAUUUUAUACUCCCAAAGACUGAUGGAAAAAACAACAGUGAAAAACACUUUUUUAUUGCAAUUUAAAUGUUAAAAAAUAUAUUUUUUGUACAUUCCGAAUGGUCGAAGAAAAAAAAUAAACUGUAAAUUGUCUCAAAUAAAAACUAUAGACGUAAGAAUAUGUAUAAUGUAUGUAUUAUGUUUAAGUUUCUAAGUAAAAAAAAUUAUCACAAUAUUGAUAUGAUAAAUAAAUUAUAUCGUGCACGAAAUAUAACAAAUUAAAAUAAAUGUAUAUGUAGAUUUAUAGAUUAUGAUAUGCACAUUAAAUAA